CUUCCACCAUGUCUUUCUGCCCCCAGGAUACAGGUUAGACAACAAGAGGAAAUUAGGCAUCUUUUAAAAGGAAGUAUAUACCUUGAGCUGUCACCUUCUUUCCAACACUACUUUAAGAGACUGCCUGUCAGACCAUGAAGAUACGCCAGAAGAAUACUGCCUUCCUCGUCUUCUCCUGCAGAUCAUGAUUCUAGACAAUUUAGUGCAGUGUUCAGAAGAACAGGAAGAUAUCUGGUUUCAGAGACAUAUGAUGUCAUCAGGUUUAGUGGCAAGUCAUUAUCAUACCUUGCUGUCAGCAAUUUUCAGAUCCUUGGAGCUUUGUCAUGUGGAAGUAUGCUUACCAGUAUAUCUGCCUAGCUCUACACAUAUAGACAGUCCACAAAGGUACGUUAGUCUGUACCAGUUCGUGCUGAACCACAUCUGUGAAUAUCUCAAAUGCCGCUCUGAUAGAGUCUUCAAAGCAGCUAAUAAAGAGCUCCUGUCAGUUUUACUCAAAAUGCAUCCAACAUCUUCUCUGGCAGCUGCUGACUGUUUAUAUUUUAUUGCCAGGUCUGGACCAACAGCACUUCGCUGGCAUUAUGCUCACCUCCUAAUGACCUUGAACCAAGAAUUUCACAAGGCCAUGCCAGUUGGCCAUCCUAUUAGUUCCCUGUCAUCUCUUGUCAGUCGUGUCAUCAACCUACUUACCUCUGAUCAACAGGUUAAGCUCCUGUCAGUGUUUCCGCCUUCAGAUAACAUAAGUCUCUGGGUGGAUGUUAACUUGGAUAACAUGGCUCCAGGUUCAGCAGGAGAAGCUGUGGAAGUCCUUGUGCCGUGCUGCUUGAAGACUCUGCAUAAUUUUCGCCAGCAGACCACCCCUACUAUUUCAAAUGCUGCUAUCGUUAUUCCCUCAUUGAAGUGCCUGGAAAACAUUCUUCGUCAUGGGCAAACAGCAUCGCUUCUUACUCCUCAACAAGGAGCUAUGGUACUUGAACUUGUAUCUGCAUUAUGGAGAUCUUGCCCUAUUGAGAUUUCUUUCACUGAUCAGUCCAGUAAAGGCCAAGAUGUGACACAACUUUACCUGGCUGAGCUGCUGUCUGUGACUUCUUGCAUUGUAGACCAGCUUGAAACUAAAUUAUUGUUUAAGAUUCUGCAGAUAAUUAACAAAGCUGUGAAGGGGUCACCAUCUGAUGGCUUUGUCUUGACAGUAGUUCAUCUUUUACAGCACCUUGGCCCAGUGAAAAUUCCUCCUUCAUUUGAACAAGGUCAGAUGCUGCGAAAGAUUGCCGACACUUUUGCCACGGUCUUGUCACAUCAGAGAGCUGAGGUGCGGCAUUGUGCUAUGGUGGCCUUCACAAAGUUUGCAGAGCAGACUUCACAUGAAGCUGUUGUUCCAGAAUGUCUUGCACAGCAGGAAGGUCUUAAAGAUAGAAUGGUAGCUUUCUUGCAAGAGAUACCACAUAAUCAUGAAAACAGGAAGUUUGAUACCAUCGCCUUCCUUAGAAAACAAAAGCAGGACUUGCAGAGAAAGAUGACAGAGGAUUUUAACAGCUACACAGGCCCACAGUUGCUUUCAAUACAGUCCAUGGAGCCAUUAAAAAAGAGACAACGGCAGGACACUGGCCCUGCUAAUCAAGCUGAGCUGUUCCAAGCGGCACUGUUGAAGCUAGAAGAGGCGGCAGCCAUGUUUGAAGAGGCUGAGAGGCAAGGAUCUAUCCCAGACAGUGUGAAAACUCCAGCAGCUUACUAACUUCAGCGCUUGUCUACCUGCCUUUCUUCUAGGCAGUAGCUUUGUUGUCAUUCUGUUUACUAGAUUUUCUGGUUAAAAUUUCUUUCCGUCUGAGAGGUGGUUUGGUUGCUGCAACUGGAAGCAAAAUAUUUGCUUGUGUUUGUGAGAGAAUGUGUGCUAGUGACAGUGUGUGGUGGUGAUGGGUGUGUGUGUUGGGGGGUUUCAAUGGAGUUCAAAAGAAAAGGGUUGGUGGACAAACUGUGUUAAGAGACUACAAUAAAAAAAAAUUCUAGUUUGUUGAUA